AUGCCUCCUCCCGAACACAGUCUCUUUCAAUUCCUCGCCAAAGCCCUCCAAAUCCACCACCGCUUUCUCGCCGGCCGACUCUCCCGCGCCGAAUCCCCCAUCUACGUCAUCGGCAACCCCUCCGCCGACCUCGACUCCAUCAUCUCCGCCAUUGUCUACGCCUCCUUCGCCCAUCCCCGGCCUCACGUCCCCCUAAUCAACCUCCCUACCGUCCCCGCAGGUCCCGAACUACGCCGUCUCCGCCCCGAAUUCAUCAAAUCCCUCUGGCUCUCCACGCACCCCCCAGUCCCCGACGAAGAAACAUGGUCCGACACGCCCGAGUCCGCCGGCCCCCUUCUCCAAGAACACAUCCUCACCGUCUCCGACUUUGCAACCCACCUCCAAGACUACAACCACAACAAUAAUCAAUUAACCGCCGACGCGGUCCUCGUCGACUGGAACGCCCUCCCCAUCCGCUCCUCCACCCAACCCCGAGGCCAAGGCUCCCUCCCCUCCCUCUCCAACCUCACCUUCACCGUCCUCGGCUGCAUCGACCACCACGUCGACGAACACUUCCUAGCCCCAAUCACAGACCCAGACCAGCCCUUCCUCCUCCAACCCGCCGGAUCAUGCACCUCGCUCGUCGUCAACAUGUUGGAUAAAAUGGACCGUUGGCGACGCACUUCCUCUACCACCUCCACCCCUGCGGAGCUAUCAUCCGAACUCCAAUUAGCGAAGCUAGCCAUGAGCGCCAUCCUCAUCGACACGGCGAACUUCACCGCCAAGGAGAAGGUCACGGACUCGGAUACCCUCGCGUACAGUUUCCUCAGAUCGAAGAUCAAUGCGAUUUCGAAUCGAGAUGGGGAUGCGGCUGGUAAGCCAUGGGAUCAUAAUAAGUUCUAUGAGGAGGUGGUGGCUGCCAAGCAGGGGAGUUUGGAUUUGUUGACUGUUCCCGAGGUCUUGGAGAGGGAUUAUAAGGAGUGGAGGGAAGUACCUUCUUCUUCGAAGAAGAAGGGGGAGAGAGAGGGGGAAGGGGAGGAGGUGAAGAUUGGGAUUUGUUCCAUGGUGCGGUCGUUGCCGUGGUUGGAGAGGAAAGCGGGCGGGACGGGGGCUCUACUUGAUGCUGCGGUGGAUUAUGCGAAGAGGGAGGAGUUGGAUGUGGUCAUGGUGAUGACGGCGUUUAGUGGUGCGGAGGGGAAGUUUUGUCGGGAGUUGUUGGUGUGUGCGCGUGGGGAGGAUGGUGUGCGUGGAGUGGAAGUAUUUGAGGAGCAGGCGGGUGUGCAGUUGGGGUUGGAGAAGUGGAGGGUGUUGGAUGGAGAUGAGGAGAGUCAGAGUAGUGAGUUGGGGGAUGUGAAUGGAGAUGAUGGCCAGUCAUGGAGGAAGUGGAUCUGGGUGCAGGAGGAUGUUACGAAGAGUCGGAAACAGGUGGCGCCGUUGAUUAGGGACGCUGUGAAGACUUUGUAA